GGAUAUGUCGCAAGGACCCCGACCUGAGAGUUAUAAAGAAGACGUCGAUUGCGCCAAACAUUUUGACACACCUGAGAAGAAAGAAGAGUUGUACGCGGAAUUGAAAGCAGCGGCGGAAUCCGGGUGGGACUUCUCCACAAGAUGGUUUAUUCUCAAUGGAACUAAUAAAGUCCCGUCUUUAAAAGAGCCCGAUGAAACUAUGUCCAAACACUACGGCACAGAUAUAUGUAACCUAACAAAUCUGAAGACCAGGUCAAUAAUACCAGUGGACCUGAACGCCAUAGUGUGUUGGAACGCAGAACUGAUGGCCGAAUUUCACACAAAACUUGGCAACGUGGACAAAGCAGAAUAUUACAGGAGUGUUCAUGCCAGACUUAUGCAGGCUAUUGAAGAGGUGCUCUGGCAUGAGGACGUGGGCACGUGGCUGGAUUUUAGUCUAGAGUCAGGCCGUCGGAGAGACUAUUUCUAUCCAUCGAAUGUGGCUCCUCUUUGGACAGGAGGUUACGACAAAACCCGGAAAGACUACUACGUGCCCAGAGUUGUCAACUAUUUGGAUAAAGUCAAGGUGGACAUCUUUGAAGGCGGAAUACCUACCACAUUCGAGCACUCGGGAGAGCAAUGGGAUUACCCAAACGCGUGGCCCCCACUACAGUACAUAGUGAUGACCGGCUUGGCAGAAAGCGGGAUAGCAGAAGCGACCAGAUUGGGACAAGAACUCGCUACUAAAUGGGUUAGGUCCAAUUUCGAAGUGUGGAAGAAAAAACGAGCUAUGUUGGAAAAGUACGACGCAACGAUAUUCGGUGGCGUCGGCGGCGGUGGUGAAUACGAAUUGCAGACAGGAUUCGGCUGGACCAACGGCGUCAUCAUGGCUCUACUUGACCGAUAUGGAGCGGACACGUUCGGCACGGGCCCAGCGGACUCCGGUGCCGUGUACGGCGCGCAUGUUGGAGCAAGCGGAAUCGUCACGUCGCUUCUAGUUAUAGUCGCAUCAUUUGCUGCUGGCGCUUUAGGAAUACUAAUGUACAAGAAGCGUCAGGGAUACGCACCUCUAUCCACGGGCGAAGAAGUCAGGUUCCUGCUGAAGAAACCCUAUACAGAGCUGCAAAGUUUGAACGGUGCCUCGACGGGCAGGCAACGGUGAAAUCUAUCUAAGAUACGUACAAAACUACCUUUAAUUUAUGGCGUCCAGAUUCAAUCGAAAAAGAAAAGAAAAAAAUCAUUCGCGUUGAAAAUGUAAUAGGUAAUUGUUACGAACUUUUUUGACACCGACUUGCUAUUUAGGGUUAUUUGUAAGACUAUCAACCUCGCAAGAUAUUACUGACAUCAUAAACAACAAGUUUUGUAGGUACCAUUACUUUUCAGAAAACCCAAUUAAUUUACCAAAAAGAAACAUAAGUUAUUGUGCAUACUUAGUGUCUGACACUUUUUAGGUCUGUAUUAGGUAGUAAGAUAGUAAGUUCAAACAUGCAAACAACCUCUCCGCUGAUCCCCACUCCCACUCUUGCAUUUCAUUUAUAAUACAAGUUUUUACUUAGUUUAGGAGGCAACUGGUCCGUAUUUAAAUGAUCACUGUACGACUUACGUUGUUUUAAAAAAAAAUUAUGUAGUGUUUAGUUUAAGCGUUGUUCCAUUGUUAACCGGCUUAAAAAAAGGAGGUUUUCAAUUCGUUUCAAAAAAUGUUAGUCGAUAACUUUUGUGAACCGAUUUUGAUGAUUUUUUUUUAAAGUGGGUACCUCCUUAGUGGUCC